AUGGACGGGGAGUGGCCGCAAUACAACAGUGUUGUGCUCAAUGAUCUUGACCCCUUCAUGACAAGUGAACACAACCACCUAUUGCAGCACGACCAUGGUGAUGAGACAUAUGGUCUACUUGGAGCCACUGCCAACGUGGGAAUGAUUGAUGAUACCAACGUUGUUGCUGGAAACGAAGGAAACAACAAUGGAGAAACCUACAGUCAACAGAGGAUGGAGAGAAGGCGUACCAACUAUCACCGUCUCCGCAUAGAACAGAUCCAACAACUUGAAGCUGUCUUCCGGGAAAUCCCUUAUCCAGAUGAGAAACUCCGGAAGACCCUUAGUGAGAGGCUUGGCAUGAGUGCCCAACGGGUCAAGUUCUGGUUCCAAAACCAUCGCAGCAAUAGUAAGGGCAAGACACAAAGGCGGGAGACCAACACUCUUCAUUUAGAGAACCAGAUGCUAAAAUCUGAUAGGCAAGCCAUCAUGUUGGCUAUGGAAAAUAGCACUUGCCUCAAAUGCAGAGGGGCGGUUGUUCAAACUCAGGACACCUCAGAGCGCCAACGCUUGUUCAAGGAGAAUAUGAAGCUCAAGGAGGAACUUAGGCUUGCCACGACGCAUCUUAAAGAGGGUCUCCAACAAAAUGGAAUGUGGCCCCGAUUGACCCGCAACUAA